UGCAAAAAUGGCAAACAAAUUCCAAGGAAUUGAAACAGUGGGAACCGGUUUUCAACAAGAACCAGUUUUCGAUACCCAUCCCUACUUUUGAUACAUAUUGAAAACUAUACACUGGGAAAAUCCAAGAAAGAGCUGCAGUAUUGGAGAUGCUCUGACAGUCAUCUAGCCACCACAAUUUGGCCCUUGCCAGACUCUCUGGUGGAACAGAGGCCAUGAUGAAGAGUUAAUCAGUGUUAUUCAUAUCACCAGUCAGUGAUCAUAAUGUUAUGCAAUGUGGAUGUGAAAGACAGGGUCAGAGGCAGAUUGCACCAGAAGUUUCAGUAUUCAAAUCUCUUUCCAAAAUAUGAUUCUUCAGCUUGAUAUCUGUUAAUGAGUUUAAGUUUGCUGUUUAUCUAAACAUAGACUGCACAAUACUUAAUAAUGGCUGACAUAUUGCACCUGGACCCUUCAGCACUUAAUAAAACUUACUAGGUGACUGCUGAAUGUACUCGUGCUUGUAGCCAUUAGCAAACUAGCUAAGAACAGAGACAUAAGCAUAUAGGAUCUGUUCUCAUGCCUGAAACUCAUAUUUGUUUAAUUGGACAGUGGUACAUUUGUCUCCUAGUAACUAAUUAAUAAUUCAGUGGCAUCUUUACCGGCUAAAACAUGUUCUGAAGACCCAAUGAAAACUAUUUGAUGCAACAUUUUUUAAUAUAAUAUGUAUUGGGCUAUAGGUUGACAUAACCAUGAUCAAAGAUAUUCUUUUUAUACUUUAGAGUUUCUGGUUUCCUGGAAAAAUAUUGAGAACUCCUUCUGCACUUGGUAGCAAAUAAUAGUCUUUAUUUUUAUGGCCUUGCCUUGUGACUUGAGCUAGCUGCUAGCUUUCCUUCAGUCAUUUGUCAGCAUACACCUCACGUGCACUUUGCUAAUCAGAAUGUUGUUAAGAGUAGGUAUUUCUGCUGCAUCUUCACCUGCUUCCAGGGUGUAUGGAGAAAGGAAAAGAAAGGAGUAAAAAAUAGUAUUAAGAAUGACCUCGUUACAUGGCAAAUUAAAGUCAAAGACUUGCAGUACUUGUCAUUGGUUAUGUAGUGUUUACCUACAAAUGCUAUAUGCUAUAACUACAGUAUGUUGGAGUAUGUCCGUGUAUGUUUAAUCAUCGCUUAAAGUUCAGUCAGCAUCAACAUAGCAAGAAACACGUUUGAUCAAAUGAAGGCUAGACUGAGCCAUCUACAGCUUUAGGACUCUGGUUAUGUGAGCCUGGAAUACUGGACUUUGGAUGAGCUAAGUGUCUGGUCUAAGUUCUGUGAUACACUCUGACUGUGAAUCUGUGCUAGUCAGUGCAUAACAGAACUUUGUCCCGGGUCUGAAAAAUCAUCGCAGGGAUGGACAGAUAGCUGUCUAGAUGUGGAUGCAGGAGAAUGGAAAAUGUAUUAAGUAGAAAUAUGUGAUAAUUCCCAGAACUGGAAAACUGUAAUACAAACCAGGAUAAACAACAAUGAUUAAAACACUGAAUAAACUGCAGCAUAAAGUGUAGAAACUGGUUGGACUGGGCAGCUUCAGUGUGUGUAAGUAGAUGAGAGAGUAUUUAAAAGAGGCUGCUGCUGCAAUGCUCUUUUAAGUGUUAUCCAGGUAUGAGAGGAACGGAUGUGACUGAAGCUAUGCUAUUAUGUUCAAGAUGUUUCCCCAAGAUGACUCAGCGAAGCUAAAAUAUUUUCAAUGUUCUUUCUGUUUAUCGCUGCAGGAACCGUCCCUCUACACAGUUAAAGCAGUUUUUAUUCUCGACAAUGAUGGAAACAGACUUUUGUCAAAGUACUAUGACCCAGAGCUUUACCCCUCCAUGAAGGAGCAGAAAACCUUUGAAAGGAAUGUUUUUAACAAGACACACAAAGCAGACAAUGAAAUAGCUUUUCUGGAAGGCAUGACCAUCGUGUACAAGAGCAGUAUAGAUCUUUUCUUCUACGUUGUGGGAAGUGCUCAGGAAAAUGAGCUCAUGCUGAUGUCAGUACUUAACUGCCUGUUUGACUCCACCAGUCACAUCCUCAGGAAAAAUGUGGAGCGGAGGUGUUUAUUGGAAAACAUGGAAGGAGUGUUUCUUGUUGUGGAUGAAAUCAUUGAUGGGGGGGUGAUUCUGGAGAGUGAUCCACAGCAGGUCCUACAGAAAGUCAACUACAGGGCGGAUGAGAACCCAUUAACUGAACAAAGCGUGGCUCAGGUUUUGCAGUCAGCCAAGGAGCAGAUCAAAUGGUCUAUACUGAAAUGACUGAAAACAAAUCUGAUUUUCCAAAAAGAAUGUUUCCAGUCCCAAAGCUAUUUUACAGGGCCCAACUGAAGGGAUGGAUGUUACUGAAGUGAUGGCCAAUAGGCUGCCUUAGGUGUGUUUUUUGUGACAUUUUUUUUCUAUUGUGUGUGACAAGUAUUUAAUUCAUUUGGGAGUAAACAUAGCCCAUAUGUGGAGGUGCCAUUUAGCAAGCCAAAUGACAUUUCUUAUUUUAUUAUCAUAAGUAAUAUGCAGGCAGCUAUCCAGUACCUGAAUUAUCAAAAGAAGUGCAAGAGAUUGGUGGAACAACAUUGUUCUCAGUCCCACCGAACUGAUCGUGGCUCCUGGGUUUCUUUGAAGAGUAAUGCUCCCCCCCCCCCCCCCCUUUCACGUUGUGUGUGUGUGUGUGUGUGUGUGUGUUUGACUGUGUCAACAAUAUUACAAAGCCAAAUUAAUUUCUAUUACAACACUACAAGAAUACAGAAGGUAAUACUAAAAGUUUGUUGUAUUGAGUUUCUAUUGACUCGUUACACUCAUGAUUUCCAUAAUGCUUCUUUGAAGCCCAAAAGCAAAUGCAGUUAUGUUUUAUGACACUAAGAAGGCACUGUGGUACAGAUGCAGGAAAUCUAAUUUAAGGAAAGUCUGCACAUGUGAAUGAAUUUUAGAACCAAUGGGAGCUUAAAAAAGAUAAAAAUAAAUAAAUAAAAAAGUGCACAGGAUCCUGUGGCCAGAGUUACAAAGAAUAUUGUCUAUUCUACUGUUGUGAUGAUAAUUAAAGAUUUUAAAAGACAUUUCAUGUUUUGUUAGUUGAUGGAGAGAAAUAUGGCCAAAGAGAAACUAAUUAUUAUUUUUACAUAUGAAUGUUGUUUUCUCUGUCUGCAAGAGAGAUAAUAAAACUAUAUUUGUCCUGGUUUCAGAUGGUCUGCUUAGCCAUUAUAUAUUCUUGUACUUUUAUUUUUACUUUCAAUUAGUUCAUCCCCGUGGAUGCCGCAUUUAUUUGCGUUCAAAAGUGUCUAACAUAAUGAAUAUUAAUAAGCACUCUAAAGGACUUGUUUGUGUGGGCGUGGUCUGGAAAAUUAUUUGCAGAAAUCAGGUGACGUCAGUUGGCACGUGGUUAAACUCACCGAGCCAAUGGUUCGUUAUGGGUUUAUUUUCCGAUGAUAUUAUUGGCUGGCUGCCGCACACGCCUGCAACUCAUCGGAGGCCACAAGAAAUCAGACGAAAGCCUUAAAUUUAAGGUACAAAGAGAAAAUUAAUGUUUUUAUGUUAUUACCAGAAUUAUUUUGGCUGAAAUUGAAUUAUUAUUGAUAUCCUGAAAUAAAACUGAAUAAUACUUUUGAAA